UACUGCUCCCAAAAUCAGAAUUUGGUGAAAUCAAAGAAACACAAAAAACAUAUCACAAUUCUUAUCUUGUGUUUACACUUUGUAAAAUCUGAUUUUCCCCGAAUCUUCAGUAUAUCAGAUUCGGCGUGUGUCAUAUGUUUUGUCAACUUUUUUCUACGAUAUAAAAGACCACUUACUCUGAACAUAUAAUAUUUCUUUCUUUUCUUUCUGUCUCUAUUCAUCAAUCAAAGCAAAAAAUGGCAGAUUCUAGGGAAGAAUAUGCUGGAGAAUCAUGGAGCUCUAAAAGAAAAUCAAAAAGGCAAAGGCACACUAUGGAACAAAUUCAGCAACUUGAAAUAUUUUUCAAGGAAUAUCCACAUCCAGAUGAGAACCAACGAAGUCAGCUGAGUAGGGAAGUAGGGCUUGACCCUAAGCAAGUCAAGUUUUGGUUUCAAAACAAAAGGACUCAAACAAAGGCACUAAGUGAAAGAUCAGGCUACAAUACUCUUCGAACAGAAAAUGAAAGAUACCAUUGUGAGAAUAUGGCAAUGAGAGAGGCAUUGAAAAAUAUUAUUUGCCCACGUUGUGAUGGUUCACCCAUUGGAGAAGAAGAAAGGAAACAAAAUCUAGAAAAGAUGAAAAUAGCAAAUCAACAAUUGAGAAAUGAGCACGAACGAAUAUCCAAUCUCAUCUCAAGUGCUGUUGGAAAGUCUUUUGAGAUGAAUUCAAAAUUGGCACCACAAAAUACUACUCUUGGAUCUUCAUCAAAUUCAUCUGAUGAAAGUUUGUUCAGCCAAAAUAUAAGGGACUCUCCCAUUGGAUAUCCUCCUCCUCAUCAAGAUACUAAUAAUAAUAAUAGUAAUAAUGUUCGAGAAAAUUCAAUAGAUAUUAAUAAUAUUCCAAUAAUCACUCCAUCACCACAAGAAAAUUCUGAAUUUCAUCAUGAUAAUGGGGAGAGAUCAAUUAUUCUUGAGAUCGUUGUUGCUGCAAUGGAUGAAAUUGUUACGGUUUUGCAAGUGGAUGAGCCACUUUGGAUAAAAUCACCGAAUGGUGUUACGUAUUCUAUUCAUCGUGAUAGUUAUGAGAAAAUGUUUUCAAAUUUACAUCAACCUUAUAAAUCGUCAAGUGCUCGAAUUGAAUCAUCAAAGGAUUCUGGGGUUGUGUCAAUGACUGCAAUUGAGUUGAUCCAAAAUUUUCUUGAUCCGAUCAAAUGGAUGAACAUGUUUCCUACUAUGGUCACAAAAGCUAGGACUAUUGAAGUUUUUGAUACUGGUAAUCUUGGAGACUCUAUACAAUUGGUAAAAAUGUAUCAAAAAUUGCAUAUUUUAUCUCCUCUUGUGGGAGCUAGAGAUUUUUUCUUCAUACGUUGUUGUAGACAAAUUGAUCCAACAACAUGGAUAAUGGUGGAUGUUUCAUAUGAUAUAUUCAGAGAGAUUCAAAGUGGUGGACCUUCUUAUUGGAAGUUUCCUUCUGGUUGUAUAAUUCAAGAUUUAGGCAAUGGGAAAAGUCAGGUUACUUGGCUUGAACAUGUUCAAGUAGAUGACAAAAAUCAGACUCACCGUAUUUACAGAGAAUUAGUGUGUGGUCGUCAAACAUAUGGUGCUAAGAGAUGGAUUAUUACACUUCAACGGAUGUGUGAGAAAUAUAAUUUUGCAAUUGGGGAAAAAUGUCCCACUAGCCACGAGCUUGAAGGAGUGGUUAAUGAUCCAGAAGGUAGGAAAAAUGUGAUGCAAAUAUCUCAAAGGAUGGUGAAGAGUUUUUGUGAAAUCCUAAGCAUGUCAGACAAAGUAGAUUUUCCUUCCUCGCCAGAGCUGACCAACAAUGGAAUCAAGACUUCUAUUAGAAAAAAUGAAGAAAUUAGUCAACCAAAAGGGGUGAUUGUUACUGCUGCUACUUCCCUAUGGUUUCCUCUUUCAUUUGAAACUGUUUUCAAUUUCUUCAGAGAUGAGAAAACAAGACCUCAGUGGGAUGUUUUGACCAAUGGGGAUGCUGUGAAUGAGUUAGCUCGAGUAAUAACAGGAAACUUUCCUGGAAACUAUAUUACAAUCAUUCAGCCUUAUGUGCGAAAGGAGAACAUGAUGUUAGUUCUACAAGAGACAAACAUUGAUCAAAUGGGAGCCUUUUUAAUAUAUGCCCCUAUAGAUUUACCAACAGUCACUUCAAUUAUCAAUGGAGAAGACAGCACCGAAUUUUCAAUAUUGCCCUCAGGUUUCAUCAUAAGUCCGGAUGGUCGCCCCCCUGCGGAUAGGGACAGUAUUGGAAAUACACCAAAUGGUUCAGUUUUGACAGUGGCUUUUCAAUUAUUGGUUUCUGCCAAUGAUAAUAAUAUCAAUAAUGAUUCAAUGUUCCAGCAGCAAAAUAUGGAGGCAGCGGCUACUAUUCACUCCCUUUUGAGCUCUACAAUUCUUAACAUCAAAGAAGCAUUGGGCUGCUCUGAUUAAAAUUAUGAUGGUUUAAUUUCAUGUUGUUAUUUUGGUUAUUCCAUUUUUUGGAGGUUUAAGACUUAGCUUUAAUAGUAAGUUUGAAGGAGAUGGAUAUGUAUUGGAGUUGUUAGGAAUUCUUGGGACAAAAAAGCCAAAUCUAAAUAUUUUACAGUUUGUUUAGUUGAAACUGAACAGUGAAAUGUAAAGCAAGGAAACUAUGCGAUACCUAAGACAAAAAGAAGGUAUAACUGCAAGAUUAUAUUUAUGGCGGUGUUAGAAAAAGCGAGAGGCUGACGAAAGCACUACUUUGCGCAUGCAUCCACCCUCCAAUCGAAGGAGACAAAAGAAGUAUGUACAUUACAUAUAUUAGUUAAAUAAUUUAUUUGUGAUCUAUUGACAAAAAGAAGUACGUACCUUACAUAUAUUGGUUGAAUAAUAGGUGAUCUAUUGACCCUGAAGGGCUACAAGACUAGAGAUUUAGGAAUUUUGCAUAUUAUUCUAAAUUUUUGGAAAUAACUAUUAAUGUGUGUUAUUGUUACGCCGUUGAUUUGUCUUAGAUAUAUAUACAUGUCUUAUUCCCUUUUCUCCCAAUUGAGUGAAAACAUGUGAUAUUGGAAAUUAAAAAGGUGGGUGCUCACUAUGUUCGGUUUGUCAACUGUUUUCUGAAGUUUUUUCUGAGUUUUACAUCUUUGUUAUGGCAAAAAGAUGGAGUAUUUUCCUGCAAAUAUAAUAGUAGUUACAUCCAUUUAGUAGAUCAGUAACUUGCAUUUUUACGGGAAUAGAGGUUUAAUUAAAAACUCAGAAUCUUGGAAUGAAUUGAUGCUUCUCCUUCAAUUUAGGUUUACUAAUUUCACUUUUGUAUGUUUGGGUGCAGCACUUUCUUGAAUGUAUAUAUCUCUAUUGAUCCCCUAGGAAUUUGAUUCUUACUUUGGCCUAUCUCAUGUUUAAUUUGUAUGAUCUCCGUUCUUUGGUGUAACAUUAAUCAAUAAGGGUAACAAUUGUUGUCCAAUUUACUUCCUUUUAUUCCUUUUUCUAGUGCGUAUUUUGAUGGUAUAAAUAAGUUUUCAUCUGGUGGAAUGAAGAGUUCUAUUCUUAGUGAUUAAGAUAUUUUUUGAAUACGUCUCGAUUAAAAGUAAGGCCUGUAUUAUGCUAAAAAGUGUGGCCUCUGGAUUUUUACUCUCCCUCGCGAUGCUAUUCCUCUUAUGAAAACAUAACCAGUGACGCACCUUGCUGCCUCCCUUCUCUCUUCAGAUCACUUCUUUUUUAAUCUACCCGUGUUUUCUUGACACCUCUUUUACUGCUACGUUAUAGGAUGUACUAUGAAUUUUCUUGUGGGAAAGUUUCAGAAUAUUCCUUUCGGUAGUAUUCAAUUUGUAUAUUUUGCAAACCAGUUGAAAAUGGAUGUAAAGGAGGCUUUUAGUAGAUGAAAAACUAAACUUCCUAUUAAUAUAACAAUAGCUUUAAUUUUAGCAAUUCUUCAAUGGUUGGUCAUUAUUUUUCUUUUUAUUGAUGGAAGUUUCACCUACUCACAAGUUUACCCAAUAUCACCAAUUGCAAGUUCUAUCUUUACUUUGCUCGAGGCUGCAUCGUGUUUCUGGCAAGGAAAGAGCCGCAUUUUACUAGCAUUAAAUCUGCUCUAAUUAAAAGUUGAAGAUUUAUGGAUAAAUUCCUAAUCGUUGCUCUUCAACAUCAGCACAUAAAUGCCUUCCUGUUCCACCUUUCACUUUUUUUUUUUUGGUGUUUGAAUUGAGCUGAUAUUUUUAAACCUUAUAUUGAUGAUUUAUAUGUGCCUAUACGUUGAGAAAAUCAGCGGUGUUUCCUACUGCUUUCCUUCUCUCCUCGGUUGUUUGGCUUUUGGGGAACUUUUUCUCCGACUUUCCACAAGGCUCUUUGAGCUUAUGUCAGUAUGUUUCUGUAUAAAGACUAAUUUUUCGUAUAUGUGAUAGUCUUGAUCUUAAUACUAUUGACAUCUUAUGUUUCUUGCACAUUAAUUGUGCAUUCUUUGAGUUGUGGUUUAGCUAUGAUUACCACUGUCUAUUGGAGGUGUUUUGACAUUUGGCUGAAGAACUGGUAUGGGUUGCGGCUUAACUAAAAUGGGAAGUAUGCAAAUGCUGCAAUCUAUAGGUUGUCACUGACAGGGACUGUUUACAAUAUAUGACAAGAAAGGAAUUAUAGAAUCUUUCAGGACAAGUAGAGAAGGUCAGCCAUGAUCACAAAGAUUGAUAAUACAGGAGAUCUUUUGCGGAGCGAAUAUGAAUACUAAGUUAGCAAAGGCAUUACAAAAUAUGAACUUCUACCCUUGAUUAAUGUAAUAGUUAGUUUGCAGAUGGAGCUAUGUAGCCAGGCUAAGUAGAGGAGCAGUAUAAGGCCCUGUUAG